AUGGCUAGUGUAGUCCACCACUCUAGAGCGGUGGAGGUUGAUGAUCAGCUGUUAUACGGCUUGGAAAAUGAAAAGCAUGCAAUCGCAGAACUAGAGGAACUGAUUCUUGAGAAGGUGGAAGAGUGUGGCCUAUUUGUUGACAGGAUGCAGCCAUUUCUUGCCGCUUCACCCGAUGGUGUCAAAUGUCCUGCAUCAGCUAAAGACCUGACACCAGCUGAUGCAGUUGUUGAAAAGAAAAUAAAGUUUUGUGUGCUGGAUGAAGAAAGGAAUCUAAAAUUAAAACGGAGCCAUUGCUACUACUACCAAAUCCAGGGACAGCUCCACAUAACACAACAAAAAAAUUGUUGGUUUUUGGUGUGGACUAACAAAGGCAUGUCCAUAGAGAAAAUCGUGAGGGACGACCAGUUUUGGGAAAACAAAAUGGAAAAACCCCUGACUAAUUUUUAUUUCAAAUGUGUAUUGCCAGAGCUGAUCGACCCAAGACACCCUCGGGGACUCCCAAUAAGGGAUAGGUUUUGAAAAGUUUU